GGCGAGCGGCAGCCACAGCGGCGUGUUUACAAACUUGCGGGGAGCCGCGACCGGCCCUCGCGUUCUACGUCAUCACUUGGCGACGCGACGGGCGCCCAGAAGGCACAAACUUGCCGCCCCGCGAGGGCCGAGGCCGCGGCGUCCACCCGGCGCCGCUCCUAGUGGCUCAGGACUCAAACCUCCCCCCCCCCCGGCCCCCCGCCCCGCGUUUUCGCGCGGACAGAGACCGCGAUGGACUGUCAGCAGGCGCCGGGGAGUCACGCCACCCUCGCGCUCGCCCAGGCCCGCUUCCUGAAGGGCGAGUACGCCGAGGCCGAGGCGCUGUACUCGGUUUACAUCCGCCAGUGCGCCUGCGCGGCCCCGGGGGGCGCGACGCCGAGCCCCGAGGACUUGGCUACUGCAUAUAACAACAGGGGGCAGAUCAAGUACUUGAGGGUUGAUUUCGACGAAGCCAUGGAUGACUACACAUCCGCCAUAGACGUCCAACCCACUUUCGAAGUCCCCUAUUACAACCGAGGGCUGAUACUCUACAGACUGGGAUGUUUUGAUGAGGCGUUGGAAGACUUCAAGAAGGUCUUAGACUUAAAUCCCGGGUUUCAAGAUGCUACCUUGAGUUUAAGACAGACUCUUCUAGACAAAGAAGAAAAACAAAGAAGAAAUUACUGAAGACAAUGGAAAUGUAAUUGAAAUAUCAAGUCAUAAUUGAAAGAUUUGAAAUGUAAUCGAGAUAUCGAGCCUUGUUUCUGGUAUCUUGUCUUCUAUUAUUGAAAGUAGGUAUUGAGCUAUUUGGAUAUAUGUGUAAGAUAAAUGGAGGCUUUAGUGCUGAAAAUUAAGGUACUUAAUGCUAACUUAAAAUUGAGGAACUUUUGAAUAAGCAUGCUUUUAAAUAAGUGUAGAUAAAAAUAGCAGUGUGCAAUUGAUAUAUGGCCACAGUAAAAUAUUUGAAGAAAGGUG